UUGGCUCAAUUAAGAAACAUCAGGGAAAUAAAUUCAACCCAGUGUGUCUAAAAAUGACUACAAAACGAAGUUUGUUUGUGCGGUUGGUACCAUGUCGCUGUUUACGAGGGGAAGAGGAGACUGUCACUACUCUUGAUUAUUCUCAUUGCAGUUUGGAACAGGUUCCAAAGGAGAUUUUUACUUUUGAAAAAACUUUGGAGGAGCUCUAUUUAGAUGCUAAUCAGAUUGAAGAGCUUCCAAAGCAACUUUUUAACUGUCAGUCUCUACACAAACUGAGUUUGCCAGACAAUGAUUUAACAACGUUACCAGCAUCUAUCGCAAAUCUUAUUAAUCUCAGGGAGCUGGAUGUCAGCAAGAAUGGAAUACAGGAGUUUCCAGAGAAUAUAAAAAACUGUAAAGUUUUGACAGUUGUGGAGGCCAGUGUAAAUCCUAUUUCCAAGCUCCCUGAUGGAUUUUCUCAGCUGUUAAACCUAACCCAGUUAUACCUGAAUGAUGCUUUCCUUGAGUUCUUGCCAGCAAAUUUUGGCAGAUUAACUAAACUCCAGAUAUUAGAACUUAGAGAAAAUCAAUUGAAAAUGUUGCCUAAAACCAUGAAUAGACUGACCCAGCUGGAAAGACUGGAUUUGGGAAGUAAUGAAUUCACAGAAGUGCCUGAAGUACUUGAGCAACUAAGUGGAUUGAAAGAAUUUUGGAUGGAUGGUAACAGACUGACUUUUAUUCCAGGGUUUAUCGGUAGUUUGAAACAGCUCACAUAUUUGGAUGUUUCUAAAAAUAGUAUUGAAAUGGUUGAAGAAGGAAUUUCAGCAUGUGAAAACCUUCAAGACCUCCUAUUGUCAAGCAAUUCACUUCAACAACUGCCUGAAACUAUUGGUUCAUUGAAGAAUGUAACAACUCUUAAAAUAGAUGAAAACCAACUAAUGUACCUACCAGACUCUAUAGGAGGGUUAAUAUCAGUAGAAGAAUUGGAUUGUAGUUUCAAUGAAGUUGAAGCUUUGCCUUCAUCUAUUGGGCAGCUUACUAACAUAAGAACCUUUGCUGCAGAUCAUAAUUACUUACAGCAGUUACCCCCAGAGAUUGGAAGCUGGAAAAAUAUAACUGUGCUGUUUCUCCAUUCUAAUAAACUUGAGACGCUUCCAGAGGAAAUGGGUGAUAUGCAAAAAUUAAAAGUCAUUAAUUUAAGUGAUAAUAGAUUAAAGAAUUUGCCCUUUAGCUUUACAAAGCUGCAACAAUUGACUGCUAUGUGGCUCUCAGAUAAUCAGUCCAAACCCUUGAUACCUCUUCAAAAAGAAACCGAUUCAGAGACCCAGAAAAUGGUGCUUACAAACUACAUGUUCCCUCAGCAGCCAAGGACUGAGGAUGUUAUGUUCACUUCAGAUAAUGAAAGUUUUAAUCCUUCUUUGUGGGAGGAACAGAGGAAACAGCGGGCUCAAGUGGCAUUUGAAUGUGAUGAAGACAAAGAUGAAAGAGAGGCACCUCCCAGGGAGGGAAACUUAAAGAGAUAUCCAACACCAUACCCAGAUGAGCUUAAGAAUAUGGUGAAAACUGUUCAAACCAUUGUACAUAGAUUAAAAGAUGAAGAGACCAAUGAAGACUCUGGAAGAGACUUGAAACCAUAUGAAGAUCAGCAAGUUACAAAUAAAGACGUUGGUGUGAAGACUUCAGAAAGUACUACUCCAAUAAAAAGCAAGGUUGAUGAAAGAGAAAAGUAUAUGAUAGGGAAUUCUAUACAGAAGAUUAAUGAACCUGAAGCUGAGAUCAGUCCUGGGAAUUUACCAGUGACUGCAAAUAUGAAAGCCUCUGAGAGCCUGAAGCAUAUUGUUAACCAUGAUGAUGUUUUUGAGGAAUCUGAAGAACUUUCUUCUGAUGAAGAGAUGAAAAUGGCAGAGAUGCGACCACCGUUAAUUGAAACCUCUAUUAACCAGCCAAAAGUUGUAGCACUUAGUAAUAACAAAAAAGAUGAUACAAAAGAUACAGAUUCUUUGUCAGAUGAAGUUACACACAAUAGCAAUCAGAAUAACAGCAAUUGUUCUUCUCCAUCUCGGAUGUCUGAUUCAGUUUCUCUUAAUACUGAUAGUAGUCAAGACACCUCACUGUGCUCUCCAGUGAAACAAACUCAUAUUGAUAUUAAUUCCAAAAUCAGGCAAGAAGAUGAAAAUUUUAACAGCCUUUUACAAAAUGGAGGUAUUUUACACAAUUCAACAGAGGAAAAAUUUAAGGUUCAUGAUAAAAAAGAUAUUAACUUACCUGAAUAUGAGUUGAAUAUUGAAGAGCGAUUAGUUCUAAUUGAGAAAGGUGUUGACUCAACAGCCACAUCUGAUGAAUCUCACAAAUUAGACCAUAUCAAUAUGAAUCUUAAUAAACUUGUAACUAAUGAUACAUUUCAACCAGAGAUAUUGGAAAGAUCAAAGACACAGGAUAUAGUGCUUGGAACAGACUUUUUAAACAUUAAUUCUAAAGGGGAAGCUGAGCACUUGGAAAAUGGGAACAAGUAUCCUAAUCUGGAAUCCAUAAACAAGGUAAAUGGACAUUCUGAGGAAUCUCCACAGUCUCCUAGUAGGACUGAACCACAUGACACUGAUUCUUCUGUUGACAUGGGUAUUUCCAAAAGCACUGAAGAUCUCUCCCCUCAAAAAAGUGGUGCAGUUGGAUCUGUUGUGAAAUCUCAUAGCAUAACUAAUAUGGAGACUGGAGGGCUAAAAAUUUAUGACAUUCUUAGUGAUAAUGGACCUCAGCAGCCAAGUGCAACAGUUAAAAUCACGUCCGUUGUUGAUGGAAAAAAUAUAGUCAGGAGCAAGUCUGCCACACUGUUGUAUGAUCAACCAUUGCAAGUAUUUACUGGUUCUUCUUCAUCUUCUGAUUUAAUGUCAGGUACAAAGACAAUUUUCAAAUUUGAUUCAAAUCAUAAUCCCGAAGAGCCAAAUAUAACAAGAGGCCCCACAACAAGUGGCCCACAAUCUGUGCCUCAAAUAUAUGGUCCUCCACAAUAUAAUAUACAGUACAGUAGCAGUGUUGCAGUCAAAGAAACUUUGUGGCACUCCAAACAAAAUCCCCAAAUAGAUCAUGCCAAUUUUCCUCCUCAGCGUCUUCUUAGGUCAGAGAGCACAGAAAAUCACAGUUAUGCUAAACAUUCUGCCAAUAUGAAUUUCUCUAACCAUAAUAAUGUUCGAGCUAAUACUGCAUACCAUGUACAUCAGAGACUUGGCCCAGCAAGACAUGGGGAAAUGUGGGCCAUCUCACCAAAUGACCGACUCACCCCUGCAGUAACUAGAACUACGAUUCAGCGACAAAGUAGCAUGUCCUCUACGGCCUCUGUAAGUCUUGGCGAUCCAGGUCCCACAAGGCGGGCCCAAAUUCCCGAAGGAGAUUAUUUAUCAUACAGAGAGUUAAAUUCAGCAGGAAGAACUCUUCCAGUGAUGUCAGGAUCGCAGAGACCUCUUUCUGCACGAACAUACAGCAUUGAUGGUCCAAAUGCAUCAAGGCCUCAGAGUGCUCGACCCUCUGUUAAUGAAUUACCAGAGAGAACUAUGUCAGUUAGUGAUUUCAAUUAUUCACGGACUAGUCCUUCAAAAAGACCAAAUGCAAGGGUUGGUUCUGAGCAUUCUUUAUUAGAUCCUCCAGGAAAAAGUAAAGUUCCUCAUGAUUGGCGAGAACAAGUGCUUCGACACAUUGAGGCCAAAAAGUUAGAAAAGAGCAUGCUGUCAAGGUCCUUUAAUUCCAAUUUUACUGCUGUAAGCAGUUUUCACUAUGGCAGCUCUAGGGAUCUGCAUGGCAGCCAGGGCAGUCUUGCCUUGAGUGUUGCAGACGGAAGAGGUUCUGGUGGGCACAUUUUUCGACAUCCCCAGACAUCCAGUCCAGGAGAUCUUUGUCAAGAUGAUAUAUUCAUUUCAGGACAGCAGAACUACUCGUCAGCUACACUUAGUCACAAAGAUGUUCCUCCAGACAGCUUGAUGAAAAUGCCUUUGAGUAAUGGACAGAUGGGCCAGCCUCUCAGGCCUCAGGCAAAUUAUAGUCAAAUACAUCACCCCCCUCAGGCAUCUGUGGCAAGGCAUCCCUCUAGAGAACAACUAAUUGAUUACUUGAUGCUGAAAGUGGCCCACCAACCUCCAUAUACACAGCCCCAUUGUUCUCCUAGACAAGGCCAUGAACUGGCAAAGCAAGAGAUUCGAGUGAGGGUUGAAAAGGAUCCAGAACUUGGAUUUAGCAUAUCAGGAGGUGUUGGGGGUAGAGGAAACCCAUUCAGACCUGAUGACGAUGGUAUAUUUGUAACAAGGGUACAGCCUGAAGGACCUGCAUCAAAAUUACUGCAACCGGGUGAUAAAAUUAUUCAGGCUAAUGGAUACAGUUUUAUCAAUAUUGAACACGGACAAGCAGUGUCAUUGCUAAAAACUUUCCAGAAUACAGUAGAACUCAUCAUUGUACGAGAGGUUUCCUCAUAAGCACUGUGGACAGAAAAAAGGGGGAAGACAGCAAGAUUUAUUGGAGGAUACUUGCUUGCAGGGGAAAUUAAGAUUUUGAUUAUUUUUAUAUAUAAAGAACUCAAAUUAUGUUUGAAUUUGUACAUUAAUGAAAUAAUGGAACUUGUGGUUAGAGGGAAAGAACCACUGUACAGAAUAUAAAAGAGACUGUUGAAUUCAUACUGUAUAAAACUUGCUAGGUUUUUAAACAUAGCAAUCAAGGCUACAAAAACAAAUCUCUGUUGUUUUUGUAUAGAUUGUAGGCUUAUUUUUGGAUUUCAUACACAUGACCGAACUGUGUGCAAGGCAAUAGUUAGCCUUGAUUGUAGCCCAGAGACAGAUGGCAGAGCUGUCUGUCUCAUAGCUUUUAAGCCCUUAUUUUUAUUCAACUGGUAUUAAUGUUUUCCUCCUGAAACUUUUUUUGAUGUGGGCAAGAGAUUUGAAGUGUUGGUUUUUGCUAUGUGCAUAUUGAAUUGAAGAGUGAGUAGGUGAAGGUGGUGCUGAUGGGUUCACUUUCCAAGGCCAGACUAAAAGUUGUAUCCUAUAAAAAUCUGGAAGCAAAGAACGAAAAAAAUGCUAUCUGUUAAAAUGUGUUUUUAUUAAUAGAAUAAUGCAAUAAAAUAUAUGAUAUCUUUUUAAAGAAGUAAAAAAGACAAUAAUUGCAUUUUAUGAAUUCUACAGGAUUUGUUCUUGUCAUAGUCAUUGACUACAUUUGCAACUGGUGAUUCAGUUUUUAAUUUUUUAGUCACAGGAAAUUUUUAACUCUUACUGUAGAUGCAUGUUCACUCAUUUUCUGUGCUAAGGAAAUCCCCUGAUUUUUUUUUUUUUUUUUUUUUUUUAAAUGGUGGUACUUGUAAUCUGUUUUAUAAUUAGUACUCCAUUUUAAUCUAAUUUAUACUUUUUAUUUUAAGCAGCAAAUGAAACUAAAAUGGCCAGUUUUAAUAUUGUGUUGCCUGUAACACAAAAUGUAAGACGGUUUAGGAAAGCCUCUUGAUUUUUGUUUGGCCUUGCAUUGCCUUGGUAAAGAGGAAACAGUACGCAUGGAGCUAAGAAACCAAAGCAAGUUUAUGAAACUGGCACAGUGAUAGAGAAUUGCUGUGGAGAGUUGUAGAGCAAAGGGAUGGGUCCUUGAGGCCUACCGGUGUGUAAAGGUGUUAAAUAAAGGGCUGUUCCUACAGGUAACAUUAAAUGUGAAUUCAACACUUCAGAGUGUUUAAAGGGUUUCUAAGUGUAUUGGUGUAAUAGUGUUUUAUCACCAACUGCCUUUGUUCCUAGUUACUGUAACAAAUAUUUGAUGAUAGAGGUUUAUUAAUUUUGUUUAUCCAUACCAUUAAUUUUAUUUGUUUUUGUUCUAUGUAAUCAAAUAAAAUUUGAGUAACAUGCAAUGGUAAGAAUUAAUGCAUGGUUAUUUGGACCAGAAGAAAUUACCAUAACAGACCAGUAACUGUUUUUAGUUGAAGCUAGUCUAGAGCCUUUCUUCCAUCAGAGCAAUAUUCAGUUAUUGAAAUUAAUUUUUAAUUACUAAGAAAUAUAAUUCAGAAAUUUUAAAUCUGUUAUACUUUGUUCUUCGACCUUGAUUUAAUUAAGACUUUUACAGGACUAGCUAAAACACCAACCUACAUUACAUUUACAGAAGUGAGUUGGACUCACUUUCCAUUCUUGCUAGUCAGAGUAAAUAGGCAGCACUUUUAAAAAUAUGUGAACUCAAGUAUUGCACUUCCUUCAAGAUGCUAUCAAUUGGUUAUUGUACUGUACAGUUUUAAUAAUUUUGAUUGAAACCCUUUAGCAACUCUUUGUAAAUCUUAACUCAUUUUGGUUGAUUUUCAGUACUAUUUACAUAGGAAUUGAUUUUUAUGGAUAUAGUAGAAGAAUGUGCUGUAUUUUGAUACAAAAUUCACUUAUUGUAUGUGUGUUGUAAUCUCUUUAAAAAAGAAUGACAAACGGCUUCUUUUAAGACAAGUCUCUGCAUUCCCUUUGUUCUUGGUUUAUUUUAAAAUACUAAUUUUGGCAUUGUGAA